AUGCGUCCAGAGUACGCAUGCUCCGGCCUUCAGAGUGCUAACAGAGAGACUCAUGCUCGAAGAUACGUCGGCACCAGCCACAUCGGUCACGGUUUCUCGCGACAACCGCGUGUUCUCUCGGUGUCUGCUGGCCCCGAGAAGUCGGAGGAGACGCGCCUCGCCUCGGCUUAUUUCCCUCCUGUGCCAGCUGUGCGGGUCGCCCGCACACAGCCUGCCCUCCUAAGACCAUCCACGACAACACCAUCCACGUUCUUCACGCGGACGAAGACGGAUUCUAAUAUUGGACGAAGAACGAAGGAACGACUACUCUAG